AUGUUGGCCAGUCAGUCUCAGGGAAUCCAGCAACUUUUGCAGGCAGAAAAACGAGCCAAAGAUAAACUCGAUGAAGCCAAGAAGAGAAAAGGUAAAAGGCUAAAACAAGCAAAAGAAGAAGCGAUGGCUGAAAUAGAGCAUUAUAGGAUGCAGAAAGAAAAGGAAUUUCGGGAAAAACAAUCUUUGAUAAUGGGUUCCCAAAGCAACCUCUCCGUUGAGAUAGAUGAACAGACAGCAGGAAAGAUUCGGAACCUCACUGGUAACUACAAGGAGAGCUUGGAAAAUGUGAUGAAGCAACUUCUGGGCAUCGUUUGUGACUUGAAACCUAAAAUCCACAGGAACUACCGAGUCACAGAUUAA